AGAAAAAGUUUUUUUUUCAUAUAAAACCAAGCAACCCAAAAUCAAAAAAGAUUUCUUACUCUUCUAGAUCAUAAAAAUGGCAGCACCUCUCACUCACCCUCUCAUUAACGACGGUUGGUUCAUGGAAAAGAACAACCAAUGGCCUGGUCAAGCCAUGUCUCUCAAGGUUGAAGAAAUCCUUCACGUUGAAAAGUCUCAAUUCCAAGACGUUCUUGUCUUCCAAUCUGCCAACUAUGGUAAUGUCUUGGUUCUUGAUGGUGUUAUUCAAGCCACUGAACGUGAUGAAUUCUCUUAUCAAGAAAUGAUCACCCACCUUGCCAUGAACUCUCAUCCUUGCCCCAAGAAGGUUCUCGUCAUUGGUGGUGGUGACGGUGGUGUCCUCCGUGAAGUUGUCAAGCACGAAUGUGUUGAAGAAGCUACUCUUGUUGACAUUGAUGAAGCUGUUCCUCGUGUGUCCAAGAAGUACCUUCCCAACAUGUCCAUUGGUUUCGAACACCCCAAGGUCACUCUUCACAUUGGUGAUGGUUUCGAAUUCUUGAAGGACAAGUUCAACCAAUACGAUGUCAUCAUCACUGACUCUUCUGAUCCUGAUGGUCCUGCUGAAUCCCUCUUUGGUCCUGACUUCUUCCAACUCUUGAAGAACGCCUUGACCGAAAAGGGUGUCUUCUCUACUCAAGGUGAAUGUAUGUGGCUUCACCUUCCUCUUAUCAGAAAGGUCAAGGAUUUCUGUAAGAACCUCUAUCCUCAAGUUGAAUAUGCUUACACCUGUAUCCCCACUUAUCCCAGUGGUCAAAUUGGUCACAUCAUGUGUUCCAAGGAUGCUGAAGCUAACCUCAAGGAACCUCUUCGUAAGUUCACUCCUGAACAAGAAGAAAAGCUCUUGCGUUACUACAACUCUGAUAUUCACAAAGCUGCUUUUGUCUUGCCUCAAUUUGCCAAGAAGGCUUUGAACGAAUAAAAAAAAAAAAAAAAGAGUUCUUAUUGUCAUGAUAA